AGAUUUGUGGAUAGGUUGUUUCUCUGUUUUCUAUGAACGAUGCCUCACAGACAGCUCCUCCACCUGGGCUUCUUAGCCCUGAUACCUGUGUUCUUCCUGAGCACCAGUAAGGCUGUGAAAGUGGACAAUGUGCUGACUGAAUCAGACACCUACCAGACACUGGAGCCAACUGGGGAGGUCAUGUUUGAGAUGGACGGAGAUGAGAUAUUUCAUGUGGAUUUGGCAGCGAAGCGGACAGAAUGGAGACUCCCGCAGUUUGGGAAAGUAGCUAGUUUUGAGGCAGCUCUGGCACUGCAGAUUAUGGCUGUGAUGAAACAUAAUAUUGAAGUAGUAAAAGAAUGGGCAAACAACACAAAAGCAACAUAUGUUGCCCCGGAUUUACAUGUAUUCACAAAGGAGCCUGUGGUUCUCGGUGAACCUUGUAUGUUGAUCUGUCUGGCUACCAAGUUCUUUCCCCCGGUUAUCAAGAUGAGUUGGCUGAAGAAUAAUCAGCCUGUGACGUUGGGGGUGACAGAGACAGACUUCUACCCCGCACCAGAUGGUUCCUUCAGUAAAUUCCUGUACUUAGCGGAGAUCCCGAAACAGGGGGAUGUGUAUACGUGUUCUGUGGAGCACGGCGGACUGCCGAUCAACCCCACCAACAAGUUCUGGAGUCCUGAGGUCCCCCGUCAUGUUUCUGAGACGUCUGCGAAUGUUGUGUGUGGCCUUGGCCUGGUUUUCGGAAUCUGUGGGAUCAUUGCUGGAAUUGUGCUGAUCUGUAAAGCGAGGAACAUGAAUCAAGGAAGAGGUCACUGACUGUGCAGGGUUUGACCAUCGUUGACGCUUCAAAACUGCAUUUUCUAUUAUGCAAGAAUAAUCGCAAUCUGGCUAAGCAAGCCGAGCUUCAUUGUGUGCGAUCAGAUUAUUAACUACAUCUAGCUAGCAACAAUAAAACAUUGCUCCUCGCUGACUCCCUGGUGUGACAAUACCCUGACUCCAUGGCUUUUUUUAUUGUAUUUUAUAUGGUCACCGUCAGAAAGCUGCUGUGUUAUAGUCCUUUGUCUUGAAAAUACAGAUUCUGUAGUAAAAUCCUCCCUACAAACCUCUCCUGCUGACGUCAGGAUACUGAGGUUUUCUGUAUUUCGGCAUGGUAUUCUGGCGGAUGUCGGGAUUCUGGCGCCGAUAUUUCAACUGCCAGGAUCUCGACAGCCGGAAUAUUGAACGUAUCCCAUUUCAGUCUAUCCGAUACAGGAUAGCUUUUUCUUACUGAUGGCUCCACAGUUAUUCCAUUUUCCACAGUUAUUUCCCGAUGUCUUCCAAAAAUGAUUAAUCAUUUAACUAAUUGAGACACAAAUCUCACAGAUAAUGUAAGUGAUUAUGUAAAUCCAACUGAAAACAAGAGAGUAUCUCUGGCACUGAGAUGGGGACUUUAUAGAUCAAAACUUCAAUUUGGCCCUUCGACUAUGUAAAACUAGUCCUUUACGCUUUACAGAUGGGUCCACAUUUAUCUUGACCUUUAAUAGGAUUAACUGAGACUGGCCAGUCGGACUUAAUCUGCCUAGGCGCAGAAAACUAGUCAAGAUAACCGUGGACCCAUCUGUAAAUGGUAGACAAGCAAUCCAGGACUGUUAGAGGUAGUGUCACUCAGUGCUUAAGAUAUAAGUGGUCAAACCCCCUCUUACCCAAACAUGAACUCUGGGCUGCAACUGACAAAUAAAUAAAUAAAUGAUUUUAUUAACUAGAUUAAUGGCAAUAUAAUACAAUCUACUAUUUUCAUGGAUAGAAAAGAAAAUGAAUAAUACAAUUGUUUACACCACGGUAGACAACAAUGGUUAGAAGAAUCAUUUCAAAAAUACAAAUCAUUUAAAAUAAUUUAAAAACACAUUAUCACUUGGUCACUUCCUCAAUGGCAGUGUUGAAUGAAUGAAUAAAUGAAUGAAUGAAUUAAUGAAUGAUUCAUUCAACACUGUGUUGCAGUUUUAAGUGAAAAUUACAUUUUUCUUUUAUGCUUUAUUUUUAUGCCUGAUUUUUAGCCUGAUACUGUGUAUUUGAAUUAAAUUAUUUGUAACUUACAUACUGACACUACUAACAGUCAAAGGAAAAAAAAUCCACCCCUGUUUUAGCCUCCUGCAGCCCAGAUUUCAUGUUUUGGUAAGAGAAGGUUUGACCUCUAAUAUCGUAACGUACUGACACUACCUUUAACAGUCCUAUAUUGCUUGGCUCCUGUUUAUGGAGAGUCAUUUUACAUAGCAGAAGUGUCACAUUGAAGAUCUGACCUAUAAAGUCCCAUUCUCAGCGCUGAAGAUACUCAUCUUGUUUUUAAUUUUCCUUUGGGUUAAGUUGGGAAACCCACUCAUUCUCCUUAGGUGACAGAUUGGACGCACAUUGGUGCCACCCCUUAUUCAUGUUUAUAUAGGUACAGUCACAUUAAAUAUGUAUCUAUUUCUCCAAGAGGCUUUGUAAAUGUUGCAGUCUGUCAGGUCUAUAAGGUUUAAUAUACUUUGUCACUGUAAUGAGAUUAUGACUGUUUAAGAUGCUUUACUAAAUAAAAGUUUUUUUCUGCCA